AUGCCCUUCAAAUACAGAAAUGUUCUCAUUAUCGGCGCCACCUCCGGCAUUGGAGAGGCACUGGCUGCGAAGCUUGUGCAGAAUGGCGUCCAUGUCACCAUUGCUGGACGCAGACAGGACAAACUCGAUGCGUUUGUUGAAAAAUAUGGAAGCGAGAAAGUCAACGCUAAGGUGUUUGAUGUCAUGCAACUUGACAAGAUUCCUCAAUUUGCGUCCGAAGUAGUGGCCGAAGACCCUAACUUGGACUGUGUUUUCGUCAACUCCGGCAUCCAGCGACCUUUUGACUUCUCUCGGCCCGAGACCGUCAAUCUGGACGUCUUGGACGAGGAGUUAAUCACCAACUACACAUCCGCUGUCCGUCUCGCCAAAGCAUUCAUCCCUCAUCUCCAAAACCGAGGCUCUGAAACCGCCAUCGCAUUCACUACCUCUCAGAUGGCCCUCGUUCCCAUGAUGCGCUGCCCGAACUAUGGUGCCUCCAAGGCUGCCUUGCACCACUUCAUUCUAGCUCUGCGCACCCAGUUGAAAGAUGGCCCCGGUAAUGUCAAUGUCAUUGAAAUUUACCCACCUGCCGUGCAAACGGAGUUGCACGAUUCCAAGCAUCAACCCGAUCUGAAGGACGGCCACCUGAUUGGCAUGCCUUUGCAACAGUUCGUUGAUGAAACGUGGACCAAGUUGUCGAGUGGCGAGGAUCAAAUUCCGGUCGGCUCCGCCAAGGAGGUCUUCGAUGCGUUUGAGAUCAAGAGACAAGAGGCUUACCAGUCCAUGACUGAAAUGCUUUCUGGACUGCUGAAGCAGUUCUUGCGGUAG